AUGUCUGGUGGCAGUAGCAGUAACAGAAAUGAAUGUAGAAUAUAUGUCGGUAACCUACCUCCUGAUAUAAGGACAAAGGACAUUCAAGACUUGUUUUACAAAUUCGGCAAAGUUACCUUCGUUGAUCUUAAAAACAGAAAAGGACCACCAUUUGCGUUUGUAGAAUUUGAAGAUCCCAGAGAUGCCGACGACGCUGUGCGAGCUCGCGACGGUUACGAUUACGACGGCUAUCGCCUGCGCGUAGAGUUCCCCCGCGGGGGCGGCGGCGGGGGCGGGCGCGGCGGGCGGGGCGGCACGGAGCGGUUCGGCGCGCGCACCGCCACGCGCGGCCCCCCCGCGCGUCGCUCCGAGUACCGCGUGCUCGUCACCGGCCUGCCGCCCUCGGGCUCCUGGCAGGACUUGAAGGAUCACAUGAGAGAAGCUGGAGAUGUUUGCUUCGCCGAUACCUUUAAGGACGGCACUGGCGUUGUGGAGUUCUUACGCCACGAGGACAUGAAGUAUGCUGUCAAGAAACUAGACGAUUCUAGGUUCAGGAGUCACGAGGGCGAGGUGUCGUACAUCCGUGUGAAGGAGGACUACGGGGGCGGCGGUGGAGGCGACAGGUACAGCGGCGACCGCGACAGGUCUGGACACAGCUCUGUGUUAUGGGAGGAGGGGAUGUUAAAUUGA